GAGAGAGAGAGAGAGAGACGAGCACAUCUUUAUCAAUGUGAAACAGGAACAUCAGCUCCGUGUGUCAAGGAUCGCUGAAAGAUCUCUUCAAACAUCAGAAUGCUGUUGACUGUUGCUUGUCUUCAGCUUCUUUUGGCCCCUGCUUUUAUGCAAUCCACUGGUGAUUACUGGAAUGAGUGGGGUCCGUACGGGGAGUGUAGUCGGACCUGUGGUGGUGGAGUGACCGUGAGGAUGAGGCGAUGUGCAACCAAGCGGACUGAUGGAGGUCACAACUGCAUCGGCCCAGAGAAAUCCUAUCGUUCAUGUAAUGUUCAGGAUUGUCCAGAAGGGUCCAGAGAUUUCAGAGAGGAGCAGUGCUCUCAGUUUGAUGGCUCAGAUUUUCAAGGGAAACGCUACAAAUGGCUCCCAUACUAUGGUGCGGCGAAUCCCUGUGAGCUAAACUGCAUUCCCAAAGGAGAAAAUUUCUACUAUCGGCAUCAAUCUGUGGUGGUGGACGGCACACCCUGCCACCCAGGGGGAAAAGAUGUCUGUGUGGCGGGACUGUGUAAGCGUCUGGGUUGUGAUAACAUGUUGGAGUCGAAUCAGGACGAAGACCCAUGCCUGCAGUGUGGAGGAAAUGGACAGACGUGUGAUCAAGUGAAAAACAGUUUCUCAAUGCGCAACCUGCCUAAAGGUUACAAUCAAAUGUUCAUCAUUCCUGUUGGAGCUACGACAAUCAGCAUCCGGGAGACUGUACCAACACGAAAUUACCUUUCAAUUAAAAACCUGCGGGGCGAGUACUACCUUAAUGGACAUUGGGUGAUUGACUUCUCUCGUGCCACACCCAUCGCCGGUACCAUGCUGUAUUACCAGAGGGGACCUGAGGGGGAAAAGACCCCUGAGAUCAUCACAGGCCGCGGUCCCACGACUGAGCCUUUGGUGAUAGAGCUAAUUACUCAGGAGCCCAAUGAGGGAGUCGCGUAUGAAUACUAUCUGCCUAAAGGACGCUCUACUGAAGGAUACUUCUGGAGUUAUGGCUCCUGGGGUGCCUGCAGCAAAGAGUGCGGCUCAGGUUAUCAGUCCCGUCUGGUCUUCUGUACCAUUGAUAAUGAAGCUUACCCGGAUUACCUGUGUGCAUCUCUUACCCGACCCCUCUCUAACCGCACAUGCAAUGAACAACAGUGCCCACAAACCCGCAGGAUGGCGUAUGUGUACGAGCCGCAGUUGUGGAGGCCCAUGGAACCACAACGAGUCUCUGUACAAGUGUACAGCUGGAUGACUGCGGAGUGGAACCCGUGUCCAGUGACCUGUGGCGGCGGUGUUCAGGUGAGAAGAGUGGAGUGUAUGUCUCAUGACUCGACGGGAUCGCGGGUGGUUGAGGAUUCUCAGUGUGCUGCGUAUACUCCAAGACCUCUCAGUCAACAAAACUGUAACAUGCAGAAGUGUGCUCGGUACAAAGUUUACAGCUGGAGUCAGUGUUCUGUGUCGUGCGGCAGUGGGCAGCAGAUGCGAGAUGUGGUGUGCAUAGGUUCAGAUGGAGCACAGCUAGAGGAUUACGCAUGUGGGACGCAGCCAAAGCCCCCCAAGACAAAGACCUGUCAGAUGCCUGUCUGCAGAAGUCCCAUCGGCUGGCAUAUCGGAGACUGGGGUCUGUGCUCUAAGAGUUGCGGCUCGGGCCUGCGAGAGCGGCAGGUGAUCUGCGCAGACAGACAGAGAAAUUUGUACAGGACAGAAGAGUGCCAGGGCAUCACCAAACCUUCAACGGUGGAAAACUGCAACACUCAGCCAUGUUACAGGCCUCAGGAGGUGCCCAGCAUGCCAGACCCAUCAGGAUAUGACAACACUGUUCAAGGUUUCCAGCCGUACAUGAACGAUCCCUCAUUAGCACCUCCUCCGAACAAUCCAGUCAACACUCCAACUCUCCCUCCUCCCUGUAGUCAAACUCGAUACGGCUGCUGUCCAGAUGGAGUCACCUCGGCCAGUGGACCAGAGGGACAAGGUUGUGUCCAGAGCCCAACUCAACCCUCAUGCACAUGGAGCAGGUACGGCUGUUGUCGUGAUGGUGUGACCGUUGCGCAGGGACCCAACAAAGAGGGUUGUCCUGAAUCCUGGCUGUACUGGACUCCAACAUCAGAUCCUGUACCAUCUGUACCGACAGACUGUCAAACAUCCAAGUACGGUUGCUGCUAUGACGGUUUGACUGCUGCUGGUGGUCCUCGUGGAGAGGGUUGCUCCAAUCCCCCAGGCAAUACACAGAGCUCCCCAUCCUGUGACCUGCCCCAUACGAUCGGACCAUGUGAUCAGUGGACCUCCCGUUACUAUUACGACCGCUCUGCAUCACGCUGCGUGCACUUCUGGUACGGCGGCUGCGACGGCAACAGCAACAACUUCAUCUCGGAGGAGGAUUGUCAGGGCACGUGCCUGAGAUCGGCUGCGAAUCCGCAGCGGGACCACGUUUUGUCUUUGCUGCGUGCAAGAAGUCGCUCCCGCUUCAGCUCCGGGGUCGGGACACACACACGCCGGUCUCACUGGCCACCUGCCGACGCGAUGCACCAGAACGACCCUGCUGCCAGUUGGACCGCUGCAGGCGUGAGUAUAGACAAGUCAGACCCCUCUACGGUGGAGGGUUUGGUUGGUCAGCGGGUGAUGUUGCCCUGCAGGGUGACCCCUCCGCCCUCCUCCACUGUAGUUGUGGAGUGGAGACGAGAUGGUGUUCCUGUUGACCCCAUCAGGCAUCUGCAGCAGUCUGACGGCUCUGUUUUAGUGGGUCCCAUCACAUUACAAGACUCCGGAUGGCAUCUGUGCGUGGCCACGAGAGACCGUGAGAGAGAUCAUCGCUAUAUCUACCUGUCCGUCUCAGAUACAGGAACCGCCCAGAACGGUGCAGAAACAGAGGCUGAUUCAUCACAGUCAGACACGUCACAUUCAUCUUCCAGGUUCACCAUAGAUUAUGCACCAUUGGUGGAAGCUCGUGCUGGUCAGGCUGCUAAACUUCAGUGUACAGUGCUGCCAUCUUUAGCCAUACAUACAGUUACCAUUCACUGGAGCAGAGCUGGACAACCACUUAACUCACUCAGACACUCUCAACACUCAGAUGGCACAUUGAUGAUAAACGCCGUGACAUCAGAAGAUUCAGGAGUUUAUACCUGCACAGUCACUGACGCCCAUAAGCGUGAAGAACGUCAGAUUCAGCUCAAAGUCUUUGGGGACCUCAGGAUCACUAAAGCACCCACAGAUGUCAGUGUAGCUCCAGGCAGCGUCGCUCAACUGUCCUGUGUUGUGUCAGGAGAAAACGCCAGAGUGGGCUGGUCGAGGAACGGUGUACCUGUGAGACCUGAUGGACAUCACGUGCAUGUGACUGCAGAUGGCACACUCAUUAUAAAUAACAUCCAGGCAUCAGAUGAGGGGAAAUAUACCUGUAACGCUUACAGCGGGACGUACUCCAUCAGUGCAGCGGCUGAAAUAAAACUGGUCAAAUCACCUCAACAAGAUUUUGAUUGGUUGCCCCGAGACUGUGUGGAUCAGCCUGAACUAGCAAACUGUAAGCUGAUUGUGUACGCCCGCCUGUGCUCCAAUCAGUAUUACUCCAGUUUCUGCUGUGCCAGCUGUGCCAAAUACACAAAAGACAAAAGACAGACCAAUCAGAUCAGAGGUUAGGUGCAAUGAAUCCAGAACUCUCAUAGGUUGAUUCAGACUCACAUUUACUCAUCUUACAUCAUCUUCCCAUUUCUGAAGAACACAUCAACACUGACCUCAGAUCUGCAGCUUGUGGAUUUAAUUCCUAUUAUAAAUACUACUGUGUACCAACUGAUCCUUCAUUUUCAUGUUUAUUUAUCAGUAUGUAUUAAGUGGAUUUUAGUAAAUAUCUUUUAAAAAGCAGUUAUUGAUCUUUUUAUGAACAGGUCUAUGCUUAUUUUUUUAAUAAAAAAUAUUUGUGCGGUAAACUAGAAAACAUUAUGAAUAUCUCAAAAUACAUUUUAACAUAAAUGACAAUCUGUAUAUUUUUUUUCGCCCCAACAUGAAGGAUUGUUUGAAUAUAUAAAGAUUAAAAUGGAUUCAUAUGCAACUGUUCCCAUUGGAUUAAUUGAUAGAUUGAUUUAAAUAUUUACUUAAUUCAUAAUAACUCAGUAGAAUAAAUUAACAAAUAAAUAUUUUUAAACACUGUAAAUGACUUUAAUGCUUUAUGUGGAUAUAGUUAUGUGUUACUUGAGGGUGAUGAGAUAUCACACUUAAUACAUAUUAAUACAUAUGAGUGUUUAAUCUGUCUAAUAUGGAAGCCCAUUUCCGCCACAUAUGAAAAACAUGCUCUGGUAAAUCAUAAUUAUGAGAUAAAACAUCGAAGUUUUGACUUUAAAAAUAAUAAUUCUGAGAUAAGAAGUAAAAAUUAGGACUUUAAAAGUCAAAAUUCUUAGAUAAAAAGUCAUAAUUAUGAGAUAAAAAAUAGCAGAUAAAAAGUAAAACUUUAAAAGUCAUAACUUUGACUUUUUAAAGUCAUUAAUUUUCUCGUAAUUAUGAUUUACUAAAGCAUGCUUUUUCUUAUGUGGCGGAAAUUGUAUCACAUGU